AUGUCUUCUGAAAAGAGACCGUUCCCAGGCGACGACCAGCAGCUCGUGGUCAAGCGGCAGAAUGUGGGCUCUAGUCGCGCCCUCGCUACCCGCUCUGGCCCUGUUGGUGGAAGCUCUGGUGCCCUAAUUCAGUCGUCGGUUCCACGAACGAGCUCCUUGCAGGCUCCGGUAAUGGAGCUGUCAGGACACAGCGGCGAGAUCUUUGCGGCAAGAUUCGAUCCCACAGGAAACUUAAUAGCCUCUGGGUCAAUGGACAGGACAGUUUUGCUUUGGCGAACCUACGGCGACUGCGAAAACUACGGCGUUCUCUCCGGCCACAAGGGCGCCGUUCUUGACCUGCAAUGGUCCCGCGAUUCGGAAAUCCUCUUCACCGCCUCUGCCGAUAUGCACCUCGCUAGUUGGGACCUCACAUCAGGCACAAGGAUAAGACGCUACGUCGGACACGAAGAAGGCGUCACAUCGCUAGACCUGAGCAAGCGUGGCGAGGAGAUGCUCAUCAGCGGCAGCAACGACGGCACAAUUGGUAUUUGGGAUCCAAGGACGAAGCACGCGGCGGAUUACAUUGAAACGGAUUUCCCCAUCACGGCGGUUGCUAUCUCGGAGGCUGGCAAUGAGAUCUAUUCGGGUGGCAUCGACAAUGAUAUCAAGGUGUGGGAUGUCAGGAAAAAGGCUGUGGUACACACAAUGCUGGGUCAUCAGGACACGAUCACGACGUUGAGGGUAUCGCCGGACGGGCAGCAAUUAUUGUCGUAUGCGAUGGACUCGACCGCCAGGACGUGGGACAUUAGGCCUUUCGCCCCUGCCGAGCGACACAUUCGGACAUUUGACGGCGCACCGCUGGGCAUGGAGAAGAACUUGAUCAAGGGAAGCUGGGACUCGGACGGCAAGAAGAUCGCGGUGGGUGCUGGUGAUGGAACGGCUGUGGUUUGGGAGGCGGGUACAGGAAGGUUGCUGUACAAGCUUCCCGGCCAUAAGGGGACAGUCAACUCGGUUGACUUUGCACCGGGGGCGGAACCUCUCAUCCUCUCUGCGUCAUCAGACCGGAACAUGUUGUUGGGUGAGCUCAAGUGA